AUAUUAUCCUGGAUUUGUGUCAUCACCACAAGUGAAGCAGCUUUUCUUGGACAAAUUUGCAAUGACACCAUCAUAUGUGACUAUACUGGAGGAUUGUGUAGUGCCUCCUCAAAGUGUGUGUGUGACACAGGAUAUGGGGAAUAUAAUGGAGAGUGCAAAUCAAAUGACUUGACUGUUUCCACGGGCCCGGAUAUUACUGGUAGAUAUGGAGGAAGUGUAACCAUUACAUGUACUGUGACAGGUCCAGAGGUAAACAACAUACAGUGGAAAAAAUACAGAUUUAAUAAUUAUCUUCAAGACAUCAACGUAGAUAGUUCAAAAUACACAGGAGGAACAGUAUCAACUCCAUCUCUAACAAUAAACACCCUGACAACAGAUGACGCAGGACAGUAUCAAUGUACAGCUAGUAAUCCUGGUGGAACUUAUCCUAGUAAUAAUAAAGCCACUGUCAACGUGCUCUAUGGACAGUUCAAUGAGGAUUGUACUGCAACUAUACCCUGUGAUGCUUCCAGUUAUUUUAUAUGUAAUAAUUGCAAAUGUCUUUGUAACACAACUUACUACCACAAAGACAAAGUAUGUUAUCCAAGAACUCGUCUAACUCCCUAUAUAAGCGUCAUCAACAGUACAACAUCACAGUUCUCUGUAUUUUGGAGCCAUCCCUCUGUGGAUUACGACCUUGUCAUCAGUUAUAAGGUCUCCUGGAGGCAGAAUGGUGGUUCUACAUCUGAACAAACAGUGGAUAGGGGGAAGAACAGCAUCAUUGUCAACUCAGGCCUAAUGUCUGGUCAGCUGUAUAUUUUCACUGUAUCUGCUGUUGUCAGGCUAACAGAUCCAGAGGAAACCAUAACUAUACAAUCACAGGAGGAAAAAGUGAGAUUAGAUCCACGUCCACCUGGUCCUAUAUUACAUAGUGAAAGUUCUUUAGCUCACGACAGCCUCACCUUAAAGUGGACUCCUCCAUCCAAUACCUUCGUUACAAAAUAUGAAGUGAUGAUUGAUGGUGAAAGCCAAACAACUGUGAAUAAUAAUCCAAUGCUCCUAUUUAAUAAAAUAUUAACCCCUGGGAAAUACUAUGUUGUGAGUAUUGUGACAAUCAGUGGUUCAUCAAGUGAACUAACUGGCGACAAGAGGAGCACAAGAUACAAAGAGACAAUUAGAAUUACCCCAACAAAACCAGAUCCACCUAUAAAUGUUUGUUGUCCACAACAUCCAAAGGACAUCUCUUUAGAAAUAUCUUGGGAGCCUCCUAUCAACCCUAAUGGUCAAAUUGUGAUGUACCAGAUUCACGUAAAUCCUGGAGGUCUUACUAUCAACACAACAAACAAUGUGACAAAUUACAAUGUCAUAGGGUUAAGUGAAGAGGAAAUGUAUAAUUUCGCUGUGCGGACAAUUAAUGAUGCAGAGGAAAAACAAAAAUUUAGUGAUCACAGUGAGGUUAUCAACUGUUCAACAAAGGCAGGAG